UGAUUCCGAUCGUUCACUACACUACGGUCUGCUCGGUCGUGUGAAUCAGUGAAAUGUGUACCGGCAUCCUCAUCGAAUAUGUACACCGUUGAAUCGUAUUGUUAGUUCGGCGGUUAUCUGUUUUUUGAGAACCGGACAGCAGAGAGUAGCCAUCGUCGAUUACUUUCGCAAUCUUUCCUGGAAGAUUGUCGCGGCUAGAAGCGACGAAGAAUGGCAUCGUUGAAGCUGCUGGUAGGGGUGACGAGUGCCGUAGGCGCCGGUGCACUCACCUCCUACAUGCUCAAGUCCGACAAUGUCGUAUAUACGGAAAAAUCGAAAACCAGACCAACAAAAAGACCUCUACCGACCCGCGAGGACCAAGUCAAGACCCUGAAAACUCAUGGCGAAUACGAUAUUCUUAUCGUCGGCGGAGGAGCAACUGGCGCAGGAUGCGCCUUGGAUGCCUGUACACGAGGUCUGAAGACAGCUCUGAUAGAGGGGGAUGAUUUCGCAUCCGGCACUUCGUCGAGAAGCACGAAACUGAUUCACGGGGGAGUACGCUAUCUACAGAAAGCCAUCAUGCAACUGGACAUGGAACAGUAUAAAAUGGUCAGGGAGGCGUUACAGGAGCGCGCCUCGAUGCUCCACAACGCGCCCCAUUUGGCUCAUCCUUUGCCCAUCAUGUUACCGGUUUACACGUGGUGGCAAAUUCCUUACUAUUGGUUCGGCAUAAAGAUGUACGAUAUCGUCGCUGGAUCAAAAACGGUCAAGUCGUCGUACUUCCUCAGCAAAUCGAACGCGUUGGAACUGUUCCCGAUGUUGAAAGGAGAUAAGCUCACAGGAGCCAUCGUCUACUACGAUGGUCAGCAGGACGACGCCAGGAUGAACUUGGCGGUAGCUCUGACCGCGUCUCGACACGGUGCGACGGUAGUGAAUCACGUUUCGGUUGUUAAUCUCUUGAAAGGUCUCGAUAAGGAUGGCAAUCGAGUACUGACCGGCGCUCGCGUCAGGGACGAGCUUACCGGAGAAGAAUGGGACGUGAAAGCGAAAGCGAUUAUAAACGCGACCGGGCCGUUCACGGAUCAUAUCAGAAAAAUGGACGAUCAGAGCGUCAAAACUAUUUGCGCACCCUCUUCCGGCGUUCAUAUCGUUCUUCCCGGUUACUACAGUCCCGACCAAAUGGGUUUGCUAGACCCGGCAACCAGCGACGGCCGUGUUAUCUUCUUCCUUCCCUGGCAGAAGCAAACUAUCGCGGGAACGACCGAUUUGCCCUGUGACAUCACGCAUAAUCCCCGACCGACCGAGGACGAGAUCAUGUUCAUCCUACACGAGGUCAAGAAUUACCUGAACCCGGACGUUGAAGUGCGUCGAGGGGACGUGCUGUCUGCGUGGAGUGGCAUCAGGCCGCUCGUCUCCGACCCGAACAAGCCGAACACGCAAUCGUUGGCUAGAAAUCAUAUUGUACAUGUUAGUCCCACGAAACUAAUCACGAUAGCCGGUGGCAAAUGGACAACUUAUAGAGCGAUGGCCGAAGAAACGAUCGACGAAGCCAUCAAAGCUUGCAGCUUAACACCGGAGAGACCCUGUCAAACCAGAGAACUUCUUCUGGAGGGCGCUCAUGGCUGGGGACCAACCAUGUACAUCAGAUUGGUACAAGAUUUUGGACUGGAAUGCGAAGUUGCCCAACAUUUGGCCAAGAGCUACGGGGAUCGAGCUUUCGCCGUGGCCAAGAUGGCUUCUCUCACAGGCAAACGGUGGCCGAUCAUCGGCAAGAAGAUUCAUCCUGAAUUUCCGUAUAUCGAUGCCGAGAUUCGAUACGGAGUUCGUGAAUACGCAAGGACAACUAUAGAUAUGAUCGCGCGAAGAUUGAGAUUAGCGUUCCUCAACGUUCAAGCGGCGCAGGAAGCCCUUCCGGGUAUCAUAGACAUAAUGGCGGAAGAACUGCACUGGUCGGAGGACGAAAAGAAGAAACAGCACAAAAUUGCCAGCGAUUUCCUUGCCAACGAAAUGGGUUCGAUGGUGAACCGUGCUUCUCGCGACAAGAUACCCAUCAACCUAACCAAAGAAGAGAUACAGCUGUACAUCAAACGUUUCGGUAUCAUCGAUAAGGAUAACAAGGGAUACGUAUCCAUCAAUGAUAUCAGGCGAGGACUCAAGCUCUUCGGUGACAAGGAAGUACCUGGCGAAGAGCUUCAUGAAAUUCUACGCGAAAUCGACACUAAUAUGAACGGUCAAGUCGAAUUGGACGAAUACCUUCAGAUGAUGUCGGCCAUCAAGUCCGGACAUGUGGCGUACUCGCGUUUCGCAAGAAUGGCGGAAAUGGAGGAGGCGCAACACGAACAAGAAAUAUUGAAGAAACAAAUCAGCGUCGAAAGAUCGGGUGGUGGACUGUGAAGAGGUUCAAAGAAUGCAGCGUCGUACGAAAAGAAACACUUGCGAUGCGUGACUAAAGGCAUCCAGAAACCAUGACGCGAUAAACUGUUUAUCAUAGAUAAUCUUAAUUCACCCCCAGACACGUUCGAGUAUAGCCCAGUUUAGUACAAGUGUUCCAGAAUCACUUGAUAUUUCGUACUUUCUACACCAACUUCUAAUCGCAAUCAACCUCCAAGCUCAAACAAGAACUACAUAGACGGUAUCUGCUUAGUUUUUAACAGUGAAAACGGCAAGGUCGUAAGAAUUUCAAACGUUAAUGUAAAUAUCUUGUAUACAGCGUCUUAAACGCACUACGUUAUCGCUGUGCCGUGUCUGUAUAUACGUUUUCUGCAAAAUGCACCACGAUCAAGAUACAUACGUCGAUGAUCGAUUAUACCGGUUAUGAUCUAUGUGAAAUUAUACAUUUGAUCUCGCAUUGUAAACUUUCAUGUGUAAGUAACAGAAACGCUUGCAACCCGUUACAGGUGACAGGCAUUUUAACGAUCAUAAUCAUUCAAACUAUUUUGCAACUAUGAAAAUGGAACACGGUGCGGAAUUACGACAAGAACGAUGUACCACGAAUAGUCUUGUCUUUUUACAUUGCACACAACAGUCCUGUACUACAGGUUAAUUUAUGCCGUAGUAUAACCUUACUUUUUAGUAUUCGAUGAGAUGAUUUUAUUUAUAAAUUAUAUUCAUUGUUAAUGUUAGAAAACCGAUCUAUAUACAUGUUAUUUAAAUAACUCCUUAUUUAAUUCAUUAUCUCUAACAUUACAGAACCACGACAACGCGUACACCUAUCCUGUGUUGGACAUUAAUUUAUUUCGCUAUCAUUAGCCAUUAUCAUUGACUUAAUAAAACCCUUAAUUAAACUAUCA